AUGCAGCGCGGGUAUAGUCGACACCACGGUCAUUUGGGUGUCGCCCCGGAUGUAACCGUCACCUUGACGAAUCCGCUCACUGCGCACGAAACCCCCAAUGAAACCCCCAGAUGUCGCUCCGCGCGGGAGCGACAUGCAAUUGUCCGUGGUGCGAGUGGCAAAGUGACGUUCCGCGCGGGAGCGUCACCUAAUUGCCCGUACACCACCGGAGCACCUCGACGCCAAACCGUCGAGGGUUCUGACGGGCAAACCGACCUCCCCCGACCCGGCCAAACCUUCCUGUCUGCCGACGAGACUCGAACCGAAGACCUCGGCCACAGUUGGGAACAACUACAGGGUCUUCUCACCACUCGGCUUCAACAGAUUCGCGGCGAUGGCACACCGGUCAUCCUGACCAACCACAUCCUGAAAGGAACUGAUGGCCUCAGCUGGACAGCUGUCAGCCCGCGGGUAAACAUCCGACGUUGGGGUGCUAACCCGGAGGAGCUUAAAGUGCUCUGGUGGUGUAGUGUGUGGAGUUACUGGUGGCACCACCUGGAGGUCAUGGGUUCAAACCCAGGCCUGGCAUUUUUGCCCCCAAGGGCUUCUAAUCCUACCAUCCGAUGGAUGGUUUGGCCCUACCAUCCGGGUUCAGCAAUAUGCAAGUCGCAUCCAAUGGAUGCUCCUUGCAGGGCCAAGGUCGGAUGGCAUCUGGUACAUCCGAUUGGGUGUCCAAAUGCCAUCCACCACGCCCGGUGGUGUAUUCGCAUCCGAUCUGUCGUCUUUGUUCAUAUCGAUGAAAUCCAUGCAACAAAUGUGACACAACUCCAAUUGGUGGGGCUGGCAAACCGUGAUUUCUGCGCCACUCGCUUCCGUGAUGGUGUCUAUUUCGCACAUAGUUGUGUAUUCCGUUUCUCAAAGCUCGUGACUGGCGUUAAAUGCAAGUUGGUGAGCGGAAAGAAACGGUCUGAGUGGCUUAAACACUACAACAGCCGCAAGUUGUCAGGGCCUUCAAACGCGCACUGGCAACAAUGA